AUGCUUCAUUCAUCAGCAUCCCCGUCUGAUCCCAUUGGCGAGUUUGCUGAAGCGCUCAGUCUUUACGAGCAAUUCUGUCGGCAAAGUGACGUCCAGGCCGCGAAGAAGUGUAUCGAAAUCUACAAAGAGCUACUGCGGAUCGACGCUGCGACCACGGACGAAGAACUACCUGUAUCAUCCGAUCAACGCUGCUAUCGAUAUCAUCUCCUCAUCCACCUGGCUAACACCCUCGUCGAGCGAUUUUCAUACGCUGAUGAUCGAUGUGAUCUGGGGUUUGCUACGCGAUACGGUAAAGAAGCCCUGUCGAUGUGCCGCAAGGGACAGAUUGCAUGUCCAACCGUGUUGGCACUUCAUGCUCGUAUUCUGGACAUCAACGCUCCGCAUGUCGCCCAUGCGAGUGACCGAGUCCUUGCUGAAUCCCUAUGCCGAGAAGCUCUCGCGCUGUGCAAGCCCGGAAACCCCUUGAAAGCCAAGGUCCAACGCAUCCUCUCAGAGAUUCUUUUGAAUCUCUUUGUGGCUACUGGUACCGCAACAUACCGUGAAGAAGCCACUGACUUACAACGUCGGGCGUUGGAAGAAGUGCUCCCAUCCCAAGAAUAUGAAAAAUGGAUGCUUCUACGUAGCCUUGGCUCGUCCCUCCGGCUGCGGCAUGGAUCCCUCGGCCAACUUCAUGACCUCGAUGGAGCUAUUUCCGUUCUUAGGGAGGCCUUGCAACUCUGCCCAGACACGCAUAUCGAGAGAGGGCAGAUUAUUCGAAGUUUGGUCGCGGCGCUGUACACCAGAUGUACCCAGAGUGAUGCGUUCGAGGGUGUGGACGAAGCAAUUGACCUUGGACGAAGCGCUCUCAGGAUCGAAGAAGGCCGUCCGAACGGACAUCCUCGAUCCAUCACCCUCAAUGUGGUGGGGAAUCUCCUCGCUCUCCGCCAUCAGAUAACCUUGUCUGAUGGUCGUGACAUCGAUGACUGUAUACACCUACGUCGUGAAGCCCUGCGGCUCAUCCUGCCCGAUGCAGCGGAUCGUUGGGGCUAUAUGGACAACUUAGCGGACACGUUGCGGGAACGAUUUGCUUGGAACGGGGAGAUAAAGGACCUUGAGGAGGCUAUCCAAUUGGGCCGUCAAGCUGUAGAUGCUAUUCCCGAAAACCACACAGAACGAUUCCGUCCCGCCCGUGAUCUAGCAGAUAUGCUCACGCUUCGUUUUACGGAGGCCGGAGAUAUCGCUGAUCUCGAUGAAGCGCUUGUCUGGGAUCGUCGUGCGAUCAUGGCCAUUCCUCUCACACACAUGGAGUAUGGCUAUACAUCCAUGCCCAUGAUACGCGACUUGUGCAUGCGAUUCGAAAUACUCGAGGCACUGGAAGAUGUGGAGGAAGCUAUAGCCCUAUCGAAAAGGACGCUGAACGUCCUGACGGCCAACAGUGUCAACAAGCCUCUUAUACUACACGGCUUAUCAAAAGCCCUCGUUUUACGUGGAAGCAAGCUCCAUAACCUUGAAGAUAUCCAUCAGGCUAUAGAAAUACUGGAACCUGUUUCCGCCGAAUUAGCGCAAAGGACAGACGGCCAAGAAUGCGCCCAUACUCUGUCGAAGUCUUACUUGGCGCGGUUUCACCUGAUCAAAGUUUCCGAUGAUGCGGUGCGCGCGCUCAACAUCACGAUGGAUUGUUUGGCCGCCCUCAAGCAUGGUCGUCGCGAACGAUUUCAGUAUCUGAUCGACGCCGCAGAACUCUACGCCGAGCCAUUCGCUCCUUACCACAACCUUCUCCUCUCGGCCAGAUAUUUGACUGAGGCCUUGUCGGAUGAUCACCGAGAUGUGCGCUCACGAAUCCAAGGCGUAGCACGUGUCCUCACUAUCAUUCAGACGCACGACAUAGACAUCCUCUCCGCGGAAUGUUCAUUUUCAACAGCUUCAGGACUUUUAGGCGCGUAUGUCCAGGCCACUGGACUUCUGUCGCGCGUGCCGUUCUUCGGUCUCCAUCUCCAUUCACGACUACAAUCUCUCCGCAUAGGACAAAGCAUUGCCAUCGAAGGCGCAGCUUUUGCACUCAGAUUAUCCCGGCCGGAGACAGCAUUGGAGAUUCUCGAACAAGGUCGCGCGAUUUUCUGGACGCACACCCUUCGUCUACGUUCUCCGUUUGACGCCGUUCCCAAGGAGCUCCGUGACGAGCUAUUGUCUCUCGCUCGACAAUUAGAACAUGUUACCGACGCUUCACAAUAUACCGAGGAUGCAAAGCUCAUAGAGACGGAAGCGGCUCGGCGGAGGCAACAAAGCGAAGACUUCGAUUCAUUGUUACAGAAGGUUCGCGCUUUGCCCGGUUUAGAGCGCGUUCUACUACCAGACGAGUUCCCGGUGCUUUGUAAAGCAGCAGAACGGGGACCUGUAGUCGUGUUGGUGUCCAGUCCUUUUGCACGCCAUGCCGUCAUCAUGACACCUUCUGGCGAGGUCAUCAGUAUUGCCCUGGGCAUCACCGACGUCUGGCUUGUCGAAGCCGGGGCUGUGUGGAUAGAAAAGGUGAAGGAAGCACGAUCGAACAUGGGGGUCCGUCUGAAGGUCUCAAAAGUAUCGACCGCUUCCAGGCCGCGGUACAACAACGCAGAAGAAGUCCUUCGUCGCUUGUGGAUAGAUGUUGUCCAUCCAGUGCUGGAAACAUUGGGCCUCCAGCCAUGCAUCGGUCGAGUCCGACCUCGCAUAUGGUGGUGUCCUACGGGGCCUUUCGUCCAUCUCCCAAUCCAUGCUGCGGGAGCCGAAGGCACAUGGUCUUCGGACUACGUUGUUUCAUCCUAUACCCCAACUCUGGGCGCACUUCUUACUGCAAGAUCCUCGUAUACGCCAGUCGCGAAGCAGGAUGCCCGGGCACUCAUCGUAGCGGUUCCACGCUCGGAAUUGCCGAUGUGGGCAGACCUCCCCGGGGCCAGCGACGAAAGUAGCGCCGUCCGCGCGUCACUACCUAAAGGAGCUGCGAUCUCGCUUACAUCUCCAGCUAACAAGUCAAGCGAAGACGACAGCGAGCUCACGAUGCAGUUGCUCAUCGACAAGUUGCCACAAGCAACUAUCCUGCACCUCGCCUGCCAUGGCUACCAAGACCCGGAGAAUCCCCUCAAAAGCGGGUUCGUCAUGCGAGACGAAAUGCUCACCAUCGAGAAGCUGGUGCCCACCCCACUGCCAAAUGCAUUCAUGGCCUUCCUGAGCGCUUGCGAAACUGCUAAGGGGGAUAAGGACCAACCCGAUCAAACUGUUCAUCUCGCGGCGACCAUGCUUUUCGCCGGCUUCAAAAGCGUGAUUGCUACGUUAUGGUCGAUGGAGGACGUCGACGGGCCGAUGAUGGCCGAGUCAAUAUAUCGGGACAUAUUCCAUGGUGACGCAGAACAUUUUGACCCGGACGAUAUCGCGUACGCUCUCGACGCGGCGGUGGGCACCUUGCGCCGAGCUCACCCUGAGCCCAGUCGGUGGGCACCUUACAUUCACCUUGGGAUUUGA